AUGUUCAAGGGGGUCGAUCCUCAUGGAGGAACAGCACCCGCAUCGGUCAUUGACUACAUUGCUGAGCUCGAGGCCACCAUCGAUGACGGUGUCCCUGUUGCGUUGCGCGCUGUUCGCCAAGGCUGCGUAUUCUACGCUCAGAAGAUUGCCACUACUUGUGAAGGUGGCAUUGCAGUUACUGAACCAGUCGCCUUCAGCAACCGCCUUCCUGGACACGCACCCGAGAUGUCCCUGCGCACCUACGCUGAACAUGGACGGCCUUUCAUGGGCAACCAAGUCGAGUGCAUAGACCGCCUCGGACUUGAGAUUGCGAUGUGCACUUAUAACCUGGCUGUCGCGGCUGGUUUUGAAAGCUUCAACAUCGACAACCUCCUGUCUCUUCUGCAGUAUCAGGCCAUCAAACAGCCAGAUUGGACGCUACAUUGUCACCCGCUCACCUGCUACAAUCCACAUACCAACACCGGCCGGCGUGAAAUACAACACAGACUCGAGUAUCUUGCCUGCCUUGAGAUGCUGAAUGACCAAGUAUACAUCAACUUUACCAAAAGUGGCAUGUCCAAGUCUGUGAACGAUGCAGAGGCAAAGGUGGCAGGUGGGAAAGCUACACCGGCGUUAGUUUCAGAACCAAAUCACACUCUCCGAAACCCAUUGCAUAAGGGUGGUCUGUCUAGUACCCGUGCCCCAACAUUGCCUGAAUCAUCAGAUAAAAAUGAGGAGAGCGGCAAAGAAGAAGACUCAAUACCGCAGGAUGCCCAACCGGCCAAGCACUACCGCACCAAUAAUCUGGUCGAUAAUACCCCAACAGUGCAAAUAUCCCCUUCUCAUAUUCAUGACAGCGGUGCUCAUUAUCAUAUAGAUGCCCAGACAGACGUGCACUCAGACUCAGUUGCUUGA